GUUUCUGCUGGCUGGAAUUCGGGUAUUCCAUUUAGUGUUGCCCCUGUGUUGCCGAGAAAAUCUACUGAAAUAGGAGAGGAAGUUCGGCAGCCUCUAAGCAUGAGUUUUGUUUAAUUCAUGUAGAAACUAGCUUAAUUUGGUUGUUGUGAGGUUAAUUGUGUGAAACCCCCGUGAAUUAGCUAUGUUUUGCUAAUUUGGGAGUUGAAGUUACUGUUCACGAGGUACUGUUUACUGGGUACUGUUCAUAGGCACUGUUCACACACCAAGGGUUAAUGAUUAACGGGGAAUUAAAGGUUUAGUUUGUGAUAUAAGAAUGAAUUUGGAGAGGUCCGGUUAUGUGGAGAUUGAUAGAAAUAGCACUGUGAUUAGGGGUAGUGCUAAUGAUGAUUUUACUUUGAAUUUGUGGAAGUGCGGUAUUAAUUGUGGAAUAUUGUGAUUAGGUUUUGAUAGUUCUGUCAGCGUAGCACUUGGGUUAGCCUUCUGUUCUGUGCGAGUAAGGAAGCGAAACCGAGGACGGGGAAACCAAGGGGAGUGACGAGUUAGAAGGCUAGCUACCUGUAAUUUGAAUAUGGAUCUUAGAUAUAAAUGAUGAUAUUGUAAGCUAGAUUGUGAUUGGAGAUUUUAUGAUACCAGAGAAGUUAUAAAUUUGAUCUUUAGAUUUUUGUGGUAUCAAAUGUGAAUUGGAUAAGUUCCGAGUCUUGUGCAUUUGUGGGACCCACUCACGAGUGCACGGCGUCUGUCGCGCCUCGGAUUUGGGUUCUGGGGCGUGACAUUCAGCUAGACAAUCGAUGGUUUUGUGGUUCCAAGGGACUGUAGGGUCGAUGUACAUGCAAUUGGUUUUCGCAGGAAUGGAUUUAGAACACGAGAAGAUGGUAAUGUCCUUAAAUGAAAAGAAUAAAAAUGUGCAGUGGAAGAUUUUUUACGAAUAUAUUCGGACCGAAAUCGGUCCGUAAUUAAUUUAUGCGCCAAAUUUUUGCCGUUAAUUUGAAUCUUAUUGAUUAUGCGAAUGACGCCUGUUGGGAGACGAAACUUUUAAAAGUUACAAGCAAGUCCAAAAUAUUCGGACCGAAAACGGUCUGGAUAUAUUUAUAGAAUGACGCCUGUUGGGAGACGGAACUUUUAAAAGUUACAAGCAAGUCCACAAUAUUCAGACCGAAAAUGGUCUGGAUAUAGUUUGAGA